AAGUUCCUAUCUCCAUAUUUUCAUCUAAAAACUAGAAAUGAAGCACACCUGCGCGUUUAAGGCGUGUAAACAUUAGCGAUCAAAACCAAUAUUGUGUUUGUCAUUUGUCUGGUUGGUUAGGGAGUGUUUGGAUGCGGAUAGAGGCGGGUGUGGAUUUAUGGGGGGGAAUUACCAUAAAUUAUUACUAACCUGGUUCGUGUGUGGUCUUGCUUUUGGGAAGAGACCUAAUGCAAACUCUCGGCGCAGUACCGGGACAGUUCUUUGAGAUGAAGACUAAACGGUUCUUACAGCGAGUCUUUUGUUUUUUUAUCUACAUAUUAAUAUAAUUGACUUCUGGGCGUUUCAUGUGGUAUUAGCGGCAAUCCCUCUCCACAUUUGCAUGUAAUUUAACCAGUAGAUCACCCCCAUAUUCCGAUGCCUGUGCGCAUAUUACAGUCUAAUUUCCCACAGAAAGCAUUUAGAAAGUUUCUGCCCAGCUAUUUUCGCUUGGGGUUUUUUUCUCGCGAGGUGACAUUGAUUGAUUCAAGUACCUUGAUUAAUAAGAGGAAACGUGCGCUCGCAUUCAAACCGGCCUCCGCCAGCAUUUUAAUAUUAAUGACACGAUUUAAUCUCUAGAAAUAACCGUGUUUAAGUUACGAUUUGGCGAGUUACUAAUACGCAUUGAACCAGCACUCUGUUUUUUUUUUAAUGAAUGCUUCUGGUUUCGAAUUGGCUAAAGGAUAUACAAAUUAUAGAAAGGUCCAUUUGUAAGUUAGCUCGUGUCUGGCGCAGGGAAUUGUACAUUUUUUUAGUCAAUGUUUUAAAGUUCGCAGUUCAGUCUUGGGAGUCAGUGCAUUCGGCUUCCGACUGCGAGCUGGCUAUCGGCGAGACCGCUUCACAUAGCCGGACGUGGGAUGUAUUGUUAAACCGAGGGGUUUUUUCCUGGGUAGCAGAUGAACGGGGGGAGAGAGGAUAGCCGGUUAUUGAGGACAUUAACAAAAAUACAAGGCACCUCCACCCUCUCGGGGAUUCCACUGGGAUUCGCUGGGCGAGUGGGAAUGGCAGAUUAAACCGGUGGCUGACCGCGCCGGUCUCCGUUCUCGCCUUCUGCUUAUUUUUUCACUCUUCCGAUUUGACCCCUAACUGUGUGGGGAUGUAGAUGGAUUCUAUUGGCCGGCGGUAGCCAUGUAAAUAGGUGUAAAUGUAAGCAGGCACCGCUCUUUCCCAAAUGCGCCAGAUCAUGUGACGACAAGAGCGCUACAUUAACUGUGUGCCUCGCACAUGUCAGCGCUAAAUGAAGGUACUAGCGGCGAUGGGAGCAGUUAGUCGGCGGCAGCAGCGGCACUGAGGGAGCAGCGGGCCCAUCGCUGCACACUGCGGAAACACACCGUCCGUCCGCCCGUCUCGCCGGCAGCCCACCUCUGACGGCUCGCUUCAAUUCAACCAACAUCUCCGGUGUGAGCGGGUGAACCACAGCCAACAUUUCACCCAGAGAGAGAAAGAGAGAGAAAGAGAGAGGGAGAGAGAGAAAGAGAGACUGAGAGACACCUCGAAGAGCAGCAGACUCCAGAGUCGACUCUCUGCCAAGUUGGGCUAACUUUGAGGUGGGGGCUAGUUUCUGAACUUUGAGCGGGUGAGACCAUUCCUCAAGACUUGAAUUGUGGUUUCGUGUUUGUUUUUUUUUUCUUCUGUUUUUUUGUUGCUGUUUUCGUUGAUGAUGCCUCGCCCAGGCAGAAACACAUAUAGCGACCAGAAACCACCUUACUCCUACAUCUCGUUGACCGCCAUGGCUAUCCAAAGUUCCCCGGAAAAGAUGCUGCCUCUCAGUGAGAUCUACAAGUUUAUCAUGGACCGCUUCCCUUACUACCGUGAGAACACACAGAGGUGGCAGAACUCGCUCAGACACAACCUCUCGUUCAAUGACUGCUUCAUCAAAAUUCCUCGGAGACCCGACCAGCCGGGCAAGGGCAGUUUUUGGGCUCUGCACCCCAACUGCGGAGAUAUGUUUGAGAACGGCAGCUUCCUCAGACGCCGCAAACGUUUCAAGGUGUUGAAGGCUGACCAUUUGGCGGUGAACAAGCAGGCGGACGCCACGCACUAUCUGCAACAACAAGCCAAGCUGCGGCUAAGCGCUCUGGCCGUAUCGGGGACACACCUGCCCCAGAUACCCACCUACAACAUGGGAGUCUCGCAAAGCUCAAGUUUCAAGCACCCCUUCGCCAUCGAGAACAUCAUCGCCAGAGAGUACAAAAACGUGAUGUCCAGCGGGCUGGCUUUCUCGGCCGUUCAGCCCAUGCACACCGGCUAUCCCAUGCACUCAGUGGGGACGGCGUGGCCGCACAUGUACAGUACCACGGUGAUGGACACGGCGCCGCCGCUCUCGGUGCCCACCAGCGAUUACAGCGCAUACGGGGUCCCGCUCAAGCCGCUGUGCCACGGCGGGCAGACACUACCAGCUAUCCCCGUGCCCAUCAAACCGUCUCCGGCCAGCGUGCCCGCCCUGGCGGCAUUACCCGCGCCCAUCUCGGCCAUCCUGUCCAACAAUGUUACCACGUUAAGUCCAACCUCCCCGCUGAUCGGCAGUGGGCAACGUAGCCCCAGCCUUAGCCCCAGCCCCGGCGACACGUUGAGCAGCGCCGGCGCCGCCUUGCAGUCGGUAGCCGUGCACUGACAUUGGGGGAAGAAGAGACGAAAAACAGGGCCCGGCUCUCUCCAAAGUUUACCGGAGGUUUGCGAAACGCAGGGAGAGAGCGAGAGGGAAAGCGAGUGAGAACGGCCCGUUGUAUAAAUGUAAAUGUAAGCGGCCGGAGUGUAUAACAGAAGCUUGUCAAUACGUGCACUUUCCCCCACAUUUGCUUCACUUUUAGGUCCCCCGUCAAUCGCUAAAACCAUCAUUGCCAAUGUUUUCUAAUCGUGUCGUGAAAGCAUUUGUUAACCACUUGUAAAAAAAAAGUCGACUUUCAGUAAUGUCCAGCGGCAUGAUGGGUGUAAGAUUGUUAGUUGCAGCAUGCAUGUGUUACACGGAAAUAUUGUCUGCUUUUAAAUUAUGAACUAGGUGAUCGAAAAAUAUUUUCUCAUUAAAAGAACUCUCCAAUGGAGGAAAUCGCCGCGUGUUGCAGUCACUAACAAACACACCAGUGCGCGCCGUCCCGUGAAAGGAUCGAAUCGCGGGCGAAAGUUGAACGGGUGGCUUGUUUGGGGGUUUAGGACUGAGAAAUGCAAACUUUGCAACGAAGGGUUAGAGCAUAGCAUCAAUAGGACCUCCAACAAUGCGUGUGAGACAAAGACGUGGAUUUCUAAAAUCGCU